AUGUCAUUGAAAUUAGUAAAAUCUUUAAAAUUACAAAAUGAUAAAUUAUGGUCAUUAGAUUUCGCCCAUGGUUUAUUAGCCACUGGUUCCACUGAUAGAAAAAUCAAAAUUAUAAGUGUGAAAGAUAAAGAUCAUGUUAAAUUGGUUGAUGUCCUUGAUGAUACUGUUCAUAAGAAGGCAAUUAGAUCUGUGGCUUGGAGACCACACUCUAAUUUAUUAGCUGCUGGUUCAUUCGAUUCUACAGUUUCCAUCUGGUCUAAAGAAUCUUUCGAUGAUUUAGAAAUUGAAGAUGAUGAUGAGGAAACUAAUGAUUCAACAGCGGCGACUGAUGAACGCACUUUGGAAAUGGACCUCUUGGCUAUCAUUGAAGGACAUGAAAAUGAAGUUAAGGGAAUUGCCUGGUCUCAUGAUGGUUAUUUGUUAGCUACAUGUUCAAGAGAUAAGAGUGUUUGGAUUUGGGAAACUGAUGAAACUGGGGAAGAAUAUGAAUGUGUUAGUGUUUUACAAGAGCAUUCUCAAGAUGUGAAACACGUCGUAUGGCAUCCAACUUUGCCUCUACUUGCAUCAAGUUCAUAUGAUGAUACCAUUAGACUUUGGAAAGAUUAUGAUGAUGAUUGGGAAUGUGCAGCGGUUUUAAAUGGCCACGAGGGGACCGUUUGGUGUUCUGAUUUUGAGAAAAUGCUAGAUUUAACUGAAGAAACUUGUAAUGAUAGAUUAAGACUAUGUAGUGCAAGUGACGAUUCUACUGUACGUGUUUGGAAAUACAUUGCCGAUGAUGAAGAUGGCCAACAAGAAUGGGAAUGUGAAGCUAUCUUACCCGCGGUCCACGCUAGACAAAUUUAUAGUGUAUCAUGGGGCCCAAACGGGUUAAUCGCUAGUACCGGUUCCGAUGGUACAUUAGCCAUAUAUAAGGAAACUGAAAAUCAUGAUUGGGAAGUGAUUGCUAAACGUGAACUAUGCCAUGGUGUUUAUGAAGUUAAUAUCGUAAAGUGGAUAGAUGUUAAUGGCAAAAUGCUACUGGCCACCGGAGGGGAUGAUGGUUGUGCAAACCUAUGGAGUUGGGAUGAAUGA